GCCACCAUUAGCACUAUAAAUACCACAUCCAGCAGCUGCCACCACCAUAACCUCAAUUCAAUUUCCCAUUCACCAAACAAACAACAAAACCAAACCCAAACCGCACUACUCAAUUAGCAGCGCAAGCGAUUACGUCCUUCUCCACCUUAAUUCCACAACAUAUAACUACAGAGUCCCUCUGCUCUGUUUUUUCCCCAUCUUUCUCCCCUGUCCAGAAAACCAAAAUGGUGUUCAAGCUGAACAAUCAGUUGCUCUCAAGGAUGGCCAUCGGCGACGGCCACGGCGAGAACAGCUCCUACUUCGACGGCUGGAAGGCCUACGACAGCGACCCCUACCACCACCAGAAUAACCCCGACGGCGUAAUCCAAAUGGGUCUCGCCGAAAACCAGCUCUGCUUCGACAAGGUCGAAGAAUGGCUCAAGAAAAACCCUGCCGCCUCCAUUUGCACCCCCGAAGGCGUCGCCGGGUUCAAGGACGUAGCCAUCUUUCAGGACUACCAUGGAUUGCCGCAGUUCCGAAAUGCGGUGGCGAAGUUUAUGGGGAAAGUGAGGGGAGACAGAGUGAGCUUCGACCCUGAUAGAAUCGUGAUGGCCGGCGGAGCCACCGGAGCUCAUGAGACCGUCGCUUUCUGCUUGGCGGAUCCCGGCGAAGCUCUGCUUGUGCCCACCCCAUACUACCCAGGGUUCGAUCGCGAUUUGAGGUGGAGGACGGGAGUCCAGCUCGUGCCGAUCGAAUGCGACAGCGCGAACAACUUCAAGCUGAGGAUGGAGGAUCUGGAAGCCGCCUACGAGAUGGCGAAGCUGAACAACAUUCGAGUCAAGGGACUGCUGCUGACCAACCCAUCCAACCCGCUGGGGACGAUUCUCGACGGCGACACAUUGAGGAACAUCGCCGCCUUCACCAACGAGAACAACAUUCACCUGAUCUGCGACGAGAUCUACUCGGCCACCGUCUUCGGCAAGCCCGACUACGUCAGCAUCGCCGAGAUCGUCGACGAGGACAGGAAGAGCGGCCGCAACGGGCUCAACCUGGACCUGAUCCACAUAGUCUACAGCCUGUCCAAGGACAUGGGCUUCCCGGGCCUGCGGGUGGGGAUAGUCUACUCCUACAACGACGUCGUGGUGAGCUGCGCGCGGAAGAUGUCGAGCUUUGGGCUUGUCUCGGCCCAAACCCAGCACAUGAUUGGGUCCAUGCUGUCGGACGCUGAGUUCGUGGAGGAGUUUCUGGGGGCGAACCGGGCCAGGCUGGCGGAGCGUCACGGGGCUUUUACGGGCGGGUUGGGCCGGGUCGGGAUCCGGUGCCUGAGAUCCAGCAACGCUGGGCUUUUCGUGUGGAUGGAUCUGCGGCGGCUGCUGAAGGAGCAGAGCGUGGAGGCGGAGACGGCGCUGUGGCGGGUGAUAAUCAACGAGGUGAAGCUGAAUGUCUCGCCGGGGAGUUCGUUCCACUGCUCGGAGCCGGGUUGGUUCCGGGUCUGCUUCGCGAAUAUGGACGAUGAGACGAUGGAGGUGGCGCUGGGGAGGAUUAGGGCUUUUGUGGCGAAGCACAAAGAGGCGAUGAAGCCGGCGAGGAAGCUCUGCGCGCAGAGCAGCUUGAAAUUGAGCUUCUCCGGCAGGAUUUACGACGAAUUUAUUAUGUCUCCGAGGUCGCCGAUCCCUCAAUCGCCGCUGGUUCGAGCCAGGACUUAACGAAAAGAUGGGGUUUUGGGGGAAGGAGUGAUGAUAAGUAUUUUUUUUUUUUUUACCUAGCUAGUUAAGCUAACUAGAGAGGUUAACAAUGGCGAUGGAGGGAAGUAGAUUGAUUAAGUUUAAGUAAGGUAAAUAAUAAAGAGAAAAUCCUGAUCCCUUCAACUGUGCUGAAGGGGGUAAGUUAUGGAUAUAUAUGUAUUAUGUGUUUUUGUUUGUUGAUUCUUUUUCUUUUUUUAUCUGUUUUAGUGACCCUAAAACUAGAUGUACAAGAAUCAUAUGUAACCGAGGAAAAAAUUACUACUAUUGAUGUUGUGCUUUGGUACUAAUAUAUCACCAUUCUCAUGGUUGUCUAA